CAUAUUUCUGUUUUGGUGUUUUGUUUAUUUAAUUAAAAAAAAAUCACAUUACUUUUCUAAUCCAGUUUAGGGGUAAAAUAUGGAAUUGAGUAUUAAAUGAACAUCUGAUUGGCAUUGAAAGUCUUGGGCUUGUUUAGUUUUAAUUUUUAUCCCUUUUUGCUUGAGCGGUAAAGAACUUUACAGAAUAUUUCAAGUUUUGAAAUGUUAAGAAAGGCUUUGAAAUACUGCUUUUUGAGAUCACUUCGGAUUAAAAUGCUUUUUUGUUGUUGUUCACUGCUAUUUAGAUUCCUUUUGCUUUUGGAGUGGGGGGGAGAAACAGUAAACUGUUUGGAAUCCAGCAUUCAAACUUAUAUGAGAAGAUUAUUCUAGUUAAGAAGCUAGAUUGUUGUGUAAUUAAUUCCACUGUGAAACUUUAUUCUUCAAAACAUUCAGCAGCACUACUUACUGAAACAUACAGCUGUAGUGCUUUUGAAACCGAAGGUUUUUUUUUACAAGAAAAGAAAAAAAAAAAAAAAAAACUUUUGUCCCCAGGAGAAUAGUUUGACUGGUUUCCUCAUUUCUCUCUCAAAUAUAUACUUAAGAGAUCUUUUAUUUCAGCAUAACGAUAAUUAUUUGCAGGAGUUUUUGUGUUAGCGACUAAUUUAGAACUUGUAGAUUUGAGCUGCCUGAAUUGGCCAGACAGCUGUAAUCGCACUCCUCUAUUCUUAAUCUCUUUAUCUGGGCAGCAGCUGCCAUAUGGCCACAGUCAGCUGGAUCAGAUGUUUAUAAGCUUCCUUCUUCGUCCCUCUCUGUCCUCUCAGCCUCCUAAUUUGAUCACGGCUACCUUGUGAGCUGCCCUCCAAUCUUUAUUUUUAGCCCUCUCAAGGAUUAGGAUUGAUGUUAGCUGUGGGGCACUUAAAGUGAUUGUAUUGUAAAUCUUGGUUUAUUCUAGCAGUGGCAUCUUGCAGAAUGUAUUGGGUUUGGCUGAAAGUUUUAGUCCAUCUUGGGCAAAGUGUAGAAGCAGCAGGGAAGUAAUUUUUAAAUACUAAAUUAAUACGUAUCCAUUCCCCAAAUGCACUUUUUGAGCUGGGUGAUGUGGAACUUUGAUUCUAGUCAUAGGAAAGGGGAAGUCGGGCUUUCUGUAUUUUUAAGGAGUUGAAUUUUGCAGUUGAAUUUUGACCCUUUUGUACAUCUGCGUCUCCCCCUCCCUCCAUUUUACCCUCUUUCACCAGAAAAUAAGGGCAACAAUGCACAUUUGAAAGAAUAAAGACUAUUGGGAGAACAGAAUAUAUCAAGUUAUGUUGAAACAAAGUAUUUUCUGUUGACUGAGGUUAUGAAGACAGUAUGGAGUUUCCAGACCAUAGUAGACAUUUGCUGCAGUGUCUGAGCGAGCAGAGACAUCAGGGUUUUCUUUGUGACUGCACUGUUCUGGUGGGAGAUGCCCAGUUCCGAGCGCACCGCGCUGUACUGGCUUCAUGCAGCAUGUAUUUCCACCUCUUUUACAAGGACCAGCUGGACAAAAGAGACAUUGUUCAUCUGAACAGCGACAUUGUUACAGCCCCAGCCUUCGCUCUCCUGCUUGAAUUCAUGUAUGAAGGGAAACUCCAGUUCAAAGACUUGCCCAUUGAAGACGUGCUAGCAGCUGCCAGUUAUCUCCACAUGUAUGACAUUGUCAAAGUCUGCAAAAAGAAGCUGAAAGAGAAAGCCACCACGGAGGCAGACAGCACCAAAAAGGAAGAAGAUGCUUCAAGUUGUUCGGACAAAGUCGAGAGCCUCUCGGAUGGCAGCAGCCACAUGGCAGGCGAUUUGCCCAGUGAUGAAGAUGAAGGGGAAGAUGAAAAACUGAACAUCUUGCCCAGCAAAAGGGACUUGGCGGCCGAGCCUGGGAACAUGUGGAUGCGAUUGCCCUCGGACUCAGCAGGCAUCCCCCAGGCUGGCGGAGAGGCAGAGCCACACGCCACAGCAGCUGGAAAAACAGUAGCCAGCCCCUGCAGCUCAACAGAGUCUUUGUCCCAGAGGUCUGUCACCUCCGUGAGGGAUUCGGCAGAUGUUGACUGUGUGCUGGACCUGUCUGUCAAGUCCAGCCUUUCAGGAGUUGAAAAUCUGAACAGCUCUUAUUUCUCUUCACAGGACGUGCUGAGAAGCAACCUGGUGCAGGUGAAGGUGGAGAAAGAGGCUUCCUGUGAUGAGAGUGAUGUUGGCACUAAUGACUAUGACAUGGAACAUAGCACUGUGAAAGAGAGUGUGAGCACUAAUAACAGGGUACAGUAUGAGCCGGCCCAUCUGGCUCCUCUGAGGGAGGACUCGGUCCUGAGGGAGCUGGAGCGGGAGGACAAAGCCAGCGACGACGAGAUGAUGACCCCCGAGAGCGAGCGGGUCCAGGUGGAGGGCGGCAUGGAGAGCAGCCUGCUGCCCUACGUCUCCAACAUCCUGAGCCCGGCCGGCCAGAUCUUCAUGUGCCCCCUGUGCAACAAGGUCUUCCCCAGCCCGCACAUCCUGCAGAUCCACCUGAGCACGCACUUCCGCGAGCAGGACGGCCUGCGCAGCAAGCCGGCCGCCGACGUCAACGUGCCCACCUGCUCGCUGUGCGGCAAGACGUUCUCCUGCAUGUACACCCUGAAGCGCCACGAGAGGACUCACUCGGGCGAGAAGCCCUACACGUGCACGCAGUGCGGCAAGAGCUUCCAGUACUCGCACAACCUGAGCCGCCACGCCGUGGUGCACACGCGCGAGAAGCCGCACGCCUGCAAGUGGUGCGAGCGCAGGUUCACGCAGUCCGGGGACCUGUACCGGCACAUCCGCAAGUUCCACUGUGAGUUGGUGAACUCCUUGUCGGUCAAAAGCGAGGCGCUGAGCCUGCCCGCGGUCAGAGACUGGACCUUAGAAGAUAGCUCUCAAGAACUCUGGAAAUAAUUUUAUAUAUAUAUAUAUAAAUAAUAUAUAUAUACCUAUAUAUAAAUAGAUCUCUAUAUAGUUGUGGUACGGUCUAAAAGCAGUCUCGUUUCCUGGAACUGAAAGGUUGGGAUAUUAACUUGUUUUUGCACUUUAGAAUAGCAUGAGAAUCUCACUAAUUUAGCAUCCUGAUUAAAGAAACUUUAGAGCAAGUCGGCGAAUAGAGAGGUGUUUUUUUCUUCCUUUCUUUCGAGGGGGUAGGGGAAGUAAGCCAAUAAGAACCUUUGAAACAAAUCGUCCUAUCACAAAAUGCUUUCAUAGGGUCUGUUUUGUCAGCACUGCGGUGUCUUUUGAGCUCUCUCCUUUUUCCCACUUUUUCUUUUUUUUAAAGUAGAAAUUCCCUCCAGUUUUAUUAGCCUCUUUAUAUGUCUCAAAUUGCAUGAAUCUUUUCUGGCUGUUGGAAACCUGAAUGCUUUUAGACCCAAAUGGAAAAUUUCUGAAAUGCUGGAUUAUCUAUUUUUAAACAAGCAGUUGACUUAAAACUUUCUGUGGCAACUUCUGGUUUUCUGACGGUUCCCAAUGAGAGAAAUUCUGAAAGUACACUGGGAUCACUGGGACGCUGUCUUUGUGAAGGUUUGCUUGGGAUGAAAAAGGAUAUUGCAGCUUCAGCAGUGUUGAACUGUGUGUUGAAAAAUGUGAAUUACUGUUAUUGUAUACUGUAAUUGAUUACAUGGGCUGGGGGGGGUGUCAAAGGACUUGACAGGUUGUGUUGAUGCUCUUAGUUGAGUCUUGAAAAGUAAAUAUUAACGCUACAGAAAUGCAUGAGUUUCGAUAUAUUUUUUGUCUUUGUUUGCAUUGUAUAACUUUAACGAGUGAGUUUAAAAUUAUUUAAUUUCCUUAGAGAAAUAGCACCAUUUGGAGAAAAAAAACCUGGUGUUAUGAAGAACGUUAAUGCACUGUUUUUAUUUUUAUUUUAUAUAAUUUAAAUUGACUUUCCCACUGUCUUUAAGUUGAAACUGUUAAGCUGAAUAAAAACUUAAGCUGCAAAUUGAUAACUUCGCUACAUAACAAGGAAAAUAUAAAUGUUUACAAACGGCUUAAAGAUCUGCAUGUGCAGUGUGCAUUUAUAACAAAACUUCUAAUUGCACAAAACCCAGGCCAGCUCAAAGUUUAGAUGUACACAUUUACCCAGUUGAGCGUUUUUAGAGUUAACUACUGCACAAAUUGACAAUAGGUCAUUCUCUUUUUUUUUUUUCCUCCCCUUUUCUUUCUCUCCCCUUCUUCCUUUCCCUCCCUUCCUCCCUCCAUCCCUUACCCCCCCAUCCCCCCCCACACCCCCAACUCAUGAAAAGAUUCUAUGGACUGAAAAAGCCCCAGGCUGAAUGGACUGGACUGCCUUGAUUGACACGGGGAAGGGGGUUAGUAGACUAUGUGUAUCGCGGCAGCAGAGGCUGCAGCCCAACGUGUGGUUUCGAUGACCAGCACGCAGGGUAAAAGCAUUUUGCACAGUGUUUGUUUUCCUGUCUUGCACUUACAAAUAAGGUCUAUGGGAGUAGCAUGGAAAACGUUUGCUGUUUUUCCCUUUUUUUUUUUUUUAAAUUGCUUUUGUUUAAAAUUUGAUCGCCUUAACUACUGUAAACAUAGCCUAUUUUUGUGCUUAAGAUACUGAAUGGAAAACUCCAUUGUGUGUUGCUGGACUGUUUUGGAAAUAUUUGGUCAAAUGUGUGUUAAUUUGGCUGUAAUGGCAUUUAAAGCAAACAAACAAACAAAAAAAGCUGUGAAAAUGGCCUUGGAGCAUUAUCUUUAGUUACUUGAAGAGUUUCUAGUUUUUUUAAAGUACAGUUUAUGUUAAGAUAAUUUUUAUUAAUUUAGAGAAGACAAUCAAUGUCUGUGAGAAAACGGACUUUCUUUUGGAUUUUUUUUUGUGGUCAUUGUGAGUGAUUGCUUUUUCCUUUUAUUAGUUUCACAUUCUUCCUUUGUUCUAAAACUUAGACUGACAUCUAGCUUUGACAAUCAUAGUAUGUUUUAUUUUCCUGAGGGGGGAAUAACUUAUAAUGCUGUUUAGUUUUGUACUAUUGGUGUGUUGGUGAAUUUUUAAACUGUGUGCUAACUGCAAUAAAUUAUAUGAACUGAGAA